CAGAGUCGACCGCACCUCAGCUUUCGUGGCGCACUCCGAAGGGCUCCAUGGCAGCACGAUGCACCGCAGAGCGGGCGUUCCGCAUGCGGGGAUCAGGCGGGAAGGGAGGAGCAGGGAUGUGCCUCCGCAUCCAUCUCGUGCCGACUGUGCAGGUGCGUCUUUUGAGCACACUCGGCCACAGCUCCUUUGUCUGCGUAAUCCUCACCGCACAGAUCGGGCAAGACUCAGUGAGGCAGGAUUAUUCUACGCCAUGCCCCCGCUCCUCUCACAUCUGAGGAGGAGCGACCGUGCCGAAUGAGAAAUGCAAGCUCGUCACCCUACAGCGCAAGGGCGAGCCAGUGAGAGGCAGCACAUUGAGGGCUGAAGGCCUGAUCGGGAGCGGUAAGUAAUGGACUGUACCUCGCUGGUGGGAGGCCAAGGUCCCUCGGAGCCGCUCGCCCGUGGCUCGGGCCGGCUGCCGGCGGCCGUGCGGGACGGCUUCCCGGCAGCCCCGGAAACGCCCUCGACGUCGCUCUUGCGUCUGGUCGACGACGGGGCGCAGCGGGCGGAAGCCACCCCGAGCCCAGAGGGCGCUACAGCAGGAGCUCGACCACUGUUUGCGCCGGCGGCGAAGCAGGGGAGGAGGAGGAGGAGGAGGAGGAGAGGGGCGAGGGCCACUCAGGGGCGGACGGGUCGCGGCCCUGCGUGAGCUGGCGCAGACAGCCCCGCCGGCGGGGACUGUACACAGCAGCCGGGCCGCUGCGCUGGAGCACCGAGCGUCGACCACAAGAAACCCAACCCAGAGACCCCACGACG